AUGAAGUUUGCUUCCGUUAUUCUUAUGGCCUUAGUGCCUUCCAUGGUCUCUGCUGAUGUCAACAAGAGACACAUUCACAAAAGAGAAGCCAAGCCAAAUGUCCAAACUGUCUAUGAGACUGAUUACAACAUCCAAACCGUCAAUGAAGUCGUGACUGUUUAUGACGAUGGUGAAGCCACCAGCACUCCAGCAGCUACCACCACCGUAGUCCCAACUCUUGCAGCUGUUAAGGAAGCUGUUGUUGAAGGUACUACUUCUUCUUCUUUGGCUGCCACCUCAUCUGCCAGUUCUGCUGCUGCCAGUUCUGCUGCCACUUCAUCUGUUGCCAGUUCAUCUGCUGCCAGUUCUAGCGCCUCUUCUUCAUCUUCUUCUAGUAGUGCCGCCUCAUCCGGUAUUGGAUCUGCUGGUGCUUUAGGUAUUACCUAUUCUCCUUAUUCCGAUUCAGGUAGUUGUAAGAGUGCUGCGGAAGUCAAGACCGAUAUUUCCAAGUUGUCUGGUUACGACAUCAUCAGACUUUAUGCUGUUGAUUGUUCAGGUGUUGAAAAUGUUUUGAGUGCUAUGUCUUCUGACCAAAAAUUGUUCGCUGGUUUGUACACCUUGUCUACCAUCGAAGCUGACGUCAGUUCUAUGUGGACUCAAAUUCAAGCUGCUGGUAAGGACUGGAGUGUUGUUGACACUGUUAGUGUUGGUAACGAAUUGGUUAACUCUGGCGAAGCUACCCCAGCUCAAAUCGAAGCUGCCAUUAGCACUGCCAAGUCUGCCUUGUCUAGCAAGGGCUACACUGGUCAAAUCGUUUCCGUUGAUACUUUGGUUGCUGUCACUGCUAACCCAGACUUGUGUAAAUACUCUGAUUAUGUUGCCGUUAACUGUCACCCAUUUUUCGAUGGUGGUGUUGCUGCUGCUGAUGCUGGUACUUGGUUGCUUAAACAAAUUGAAGAUGUUUAUACUACUUGUGGUUCCAGUAAGAAUGUCUUGAUCACCGAAACUGGCUGGCCACACUCUGGUGAUGCUAAUGGUGAUGCUGUCCCAAGUGUUGCCAACCAAGAAGCUGCUCUUACUUCUAUUAAGAAGGAAGCCGGUGCCUCUGUAUUCUUAUUCACUGUUUACAAUGACAAAUGGAAGAGCCCAGGUGCUUACAACGUUGAACAAAGUUGGGGUAUCUACGGCGACUCUCCAGCUUGA